GUGAACACAUGCGUUUAAUUCCGAUGGUGUUCUUUGAGUUAUCGAGUCAUCGUCGAGACGCUUCGCGCGCUGUUUUUCAUUAAUUCUCGUUGGAGAAGAACUGGACUUGUUUGAAAUCGUUACUAUCAAGGGGUUCCGCUGGUGUGACAAAGACAAGUACCUACCAAAGCGGAAAGACUGAGCGAGAGAGGGAAAAAGAUCGGAGAAACCGUACGGCUCUAGAACCCAAGGAAAGUCAGCACACAAAGAGCGGACAAAAAGGAGGAAAUUUUUUACCUUUUACAGUGCUUCGAGUGAAUCCCGAACCGAACAGUCGCGUUCAGAUCCGAGCGUGAUUCGGGUUUUUUUUUCUACUGCGGAGUGGCGACGUUCAAUAAAAUUUUAUAUACUCCAUCAUAAUCGUUUAUCACACUCGGUGAGUGAAGGCAGCGAAAAACGGAAGCAGCGGGAAAAAUCGCCGAUCAGCGGCAAGUUCAACGGAGAAAGAGGCAGCAAGACGGCCAAGGCACCUUUUCAGUUGUUGUUUUUUACGUAUAAUUUCGUUUUAUAGUUUUGAGUUAUAUUGUUGCUAUCAAUAGCUAAUAGUGCGGCAGACGAAAAACAAAUGUGCAGUUUGAACCAUGGUUUAAAAUAUUUAUAAUGCCCGAGAAAAACACACUUUUACGAGGUGAUGAUGGUUAAAGCGUGGAUGUUUGUGACAUCGCAAUUAUCAUAAACGAACGAUUUACAAACAUUUAAACGGUCCGGAGAAGCGUGAAAACUCGAACGAAUUCCAAUACUGUGCAAUCGAAGAAGCAUAUUAAAAUAGUAGUGAUAUUUCAACCUAAACCUUCUGUAUUCAAGUGAUUGUGGUUGAGAAAAAAAGUGAUCUUUGGGCUAAACCAAACCAUGACCUGACUAAGCAUCGUAAGCGUGAUAUUGAGUUACAAAAUUUGCUGCGAUUAAAUUGUGAACUGUUUGUACGAAGAAACGAAAUCUUAGAAAAAAAAACUAGUAAUGAUCAUUAAAAAAGAAAGCAAUGAUAACCACUACCCAUCACUCAGAGUGAGUGAUUUAAUCAUACGGAAGAACAUACCAAACAUACUCGGUCGAAGCAGCAUACUGGCCAGUGCGGCUUACGGGUCGCACGCUGCUGCCGGGGCCUGGUGGGGGCAACACUCCCAUUCGGUGCACUCAGCUGGUGCUGCGAUGUACGAGGAUCCCUCCGUUGGCCAAACAGGUGUUGGCGGUCGGAGUCCACCGUCUCUGCAAAAUACCCACAGCGCAAACCAUAUCGUACAGCAGCAGCACCAGCAAGCCCAACAACAAGCAGCAACACAACAGGCGCAGCAGCAGCAGCAAGCACAACAGCAGGCUCCAUCACAGGUGCCUCCACAAGCCUCAUCCCAACAGACAAACACCUCUUCCACCGGCCAGCAGCAGAACAAUGCGGUCGUGUCCUCCCAAACUCAAAUAGUGGCACCUUCGACAGCUAGUGAAUCACCUGCCAGUGUGAGCUCUCAACCUUCAGGUCCUAUUCAUAUACCAGCAAAACGUCCAGCGUUCGAGACCGAUUCGUCCCGCCUGAGGCACUCGUACCCGUGGGGGUACGACUCGGGCGCCGACUCGGCCUACCAUCCGCAGUACCCGUACGGGCUGGGGGCCGACAUCAAACCAAUGUAUUACCCGGGCUACCCGACCGAUGCCAACUUCCAGCCACACCACUACUAUCCAAAGUAUGAAGCGGAUGCGUACAUUGCAUCCACCGAGCGCACCCGGGCGGUAACCGCGGACGCCCCCUCGCUCCAGUCCAGCUAUGACACCUACAACACCACCGGACUGCGGCCGUACUCGAGCGAAACAUAUCCUAAUCCUGUUGGUUCAAGCCUCUCGGUGGGCGUAGGCGGCGUCGGUUCUUGUACACCGUCCAAUCCUCUCGAAUGGACCGGCAACGUGACGGUGCGGAAGAAGCGAAAACCGUACUCGAAGUUCCAGACGCUCGAGCUGGAGAAGGAGUUCCUAUUCAAUGCCUACGUCUCCAAGCAAAAGCGUUGGGAGUUGGCCCGAAACCUGAACCUAACCGAGCGACAGGUGAAAAUAUGGUUCCAAAACCGACGGAUGAAGAACAAGAAGAACUCUCAGCGACAGGCUUCCCAGAACAAUAGCAGCAGUAGCAGCAACUCGAGUCAUAACCACGCCCAGCAGCAAUCUCAUCAUAACCCUCACCAUCUGAACCUGGGGUUGGGCAUGCCACUGCAUGGGUCAAAGAUGCAUCAGUGACCCUUGGAGCAUCACCAGGACGACGCCAAUGGACAGCUGAAAAUGGAAAUGUGUGACGUCCCAACGGCUCCCAUGUGCAGUCACAUUCCGCAUCCGCAUCUAAUCAACUAUCACCACUAAACGAUGGCAGAUGAAUGGGUGGAUGGAUGGGAGUCAUGACUGGGAGUGUCCUCCUUGAUAAUACGUAAAAAACAUGCUAUAAUAACAAAAAACGUGCAAGCCAGGCCACCAAUAUUAAGCUUUUCCAGUGUGUGUCGUCGAUGUGUGAGGGAAAUUAAAAAUAAAACAAUUAAUUGAAACUAAAAUCACAUUGAAUGUAUAUAGUACAAUUAAGUUAAACGAGUGAGGAACAGGAAGGAAAGGUUUUGCUUUUCUAGAAAAACGUUUAAAUUCUUAAAAAGUUAGUGACUAAUUAGGGCAUGCAAAAUUCAUUGAUUGAAAUUGCGUAAAAAAGUAUGAAAAAUGGAGAAUUCUCUUUCCUCGGUUAUAGGUUUACAUAAAAGUCAAAAGAGAGAAGAGAAAAAAAACUCGUAGAACAAGUGGAAUUUUGCGAGAAGCGCAAAGAAGGCAAAAAGCAUGUGAUUAUUAUUUUAGCUGAAUAGUUUUCGUCCUUCAUUUACUUGUUUCAGGUUUCCUCCUCACACAAGCAGUCAGUCAGUAGCGGAGUUUUCAGCUCGAUUUUUUGCUCAGUUUCACUUUGGUUAGAACGUGUGCACGAGCAUAUGAUUCGCUGUGAACCUCUCGUUGAUUUUCUCCUUUUUUUACAUGGGUUGAAAGUUUUGCACUUUAGAGGGGCAAGCGCGGGAGAUAAUGCUCGACGCUGAACUUAGUUCAAAUUCUUUCGAUAACAAAAGAAGCAGAAGACUCUUGUAUUAGUUUUAUAAUAUGAGUUGCGGUAGACGAAGUAUAUCGAAAAUCCUUUUCACUCAACUGUCCCACUGUAGAUCGAAUCAGUAACGUUUCAUUAAUAUUUAUUUUAUAGUUGUUCAAAAAUUUAUCCUUCGAGACACAAUCAAACUAUAUGUGCACUUUUCUUCUUCCAGUUUAAUUUGUUGAGUUUAAAGUUUGCAAGUUUUUCGUUAGGUUUUAGAAAAAGUGAAUGUGUUCCAUUAUACCUGUUUUUUGCUCACAUAUAUACACAUCCGCGAAAUAGGAAAUCAAAAUACAAACACCGUAAGGCAACGCAUAAAAGUGCGGAACGAUGAAUGAAAAAAACUGCCCCCUCCUCUCUUGUUUACCAGUUAUCAGUUGUAUUGUUUUAUAGCUUUUACUAUCCAACGUAACAUUAGGAACUCUACCGGGAUGAUUGCAAAUUUCUGUCGUAAUGAGAAAAACCUUUUAUUUAUGUAUUCUAAUUUGUACAUACAUACUAUAUAUGGAAGCAACCAUUUUGGAUCUAAGAAAAAACAGAUUAGUCUUAAGGGUACUAGUGCUAAAAUAACGUAAUGUAAUCUAUAGACAGAAGAGAAAACAAAUAUUAAGAAACUUAAAUCAGAGCAAGACAUCAUUAUUCCUAUAUAUAAAGAUCAGAAACAGUUUUGAAAUUAUAAAAUGUGCUCAAAUUUUUCAUAAAACAUACCACAAAACUUUAGAGGAAACGAUGUUGUUCGGAAGGAAAUCAAGUUUGAAACAAAGAAAAGCAACAUAAUCGUACUGUUACAAAGAAGCAGCUACCCCCUAAACUAGAUUAGUCACCCUCCACCAGCAGCCAUAAUGUUUAGAUUCCGUUUUGGAGCCGUACUAAAACCUUAAACUCGAAGCCCAGUAAUCGUGUAUAAGAACGUUAAACCUCUCGAGCGAAUUUCAGCGAAAUAAACGCUACCGUAAAGUUUGUUGUCAAGCUAUUGUUUGCAUAAAAACGGAAACUUUUCAGGAUAAAAAACUUUCAUUGGCAACAUAUUUAGGAUGCGUAGUGAAAAUAGAAAAAAAAUCAUGUAAAUAGUACUUUUGGUAGGUCGCAAUAGAGAGAAAAAAAUGAAAAUCUCUAGCAUUGAUGAAAAAAUUACAACCGACACAAAAGGGAAAGUUGAAUAAAAUCAGUAAAUAUACAAAAAUACCGAGAAGAAAAUUCAAUUAACGGUUCAUUCAUGCUUAACCUUUCGAGGUAAAAUGUGAGGAAGACUAAUGGAAAAAUAAAAAACAAAGUAACUGAUGUAAUGAGAGAACAUUUUAACUAUUGUAAUUUAAAAUUAAUUAGUUUUAAUAUAAUGA